UUUGAUGGUAGGAAUUGUUACCUGGUGCAGAGCUCGGGAGAAGCUCUUGGAAGUGCUGAGAUUUGGUUUGUUUUGUGAUGCAAAGUGUGUGGCUUUUGUGCUUUCUCAACUGCUUCUUUUUCCCUUUCUGUCUCGUUUUUUUGACUCCAGGUCCGUACUGUAAUGCCACCACGGACCAGAUCGGGACCUGCUGGCCCAGAACCUCUGCAGGGGAACUGGUGGAGAGACCCUGCCCAGAGUUCUUCAAUGGGAUCAAAUACAACACCACGCGAAAUGCCUACAGAGAAUGCCUGGGCAAUGGGACAUGGGCUUCCAAGAUAAACUACUCUCAGUGUGAGCCUAUUCUGGAUGACAAGCAGAGGAAGUAUGCGCUCCAUUACAAGAUUGCUCUCAUCAUAAACUACCUGGGGCACUGUAUUUCAGUAGGGGCCCUUAUAGUUGCCUUUAUGCUUUUCUUGUGCUUGAGGAGUAUCAGAUGCCUGCGGAAUAUUAUCCACUGGAACUUGAUCACCACGUUCAUCCUGAGGAAUGUGAUGUGGUUUCUGCUUCAGAUGAUAGAUCACAACAUCCACGAGAGCAAUGAACCCUGGUGUCGAUGCAUUACCACUGUCUACAAUUAUUUUGUGGUGACCAACUUCUUCUGGAUGUUUGUGGAAGGCUGCUACUUACACACUGCUAUAGUGAUGACCUACUCCACAGAUAAGCUGAGGAAAUGGGUCUUUCUCUUCAUAGGAUGGUGUAUUCCCUGUCCAAUCAUCAUUGCCUGGGCCAUUGGCAAGCUGUAUUAUGAAAAUGAACAGUGCUGGUUUGGAAAAGAGCCAGGGAAAUACAUUGACUACAUCUACCAAGGGCCCGUGAUUCUUGUUCUCCUGAUAAAUUUUGUAUUUCUAUUUAACAUAGUUAGAAUUUUAAUGACAAAGCUGAGAGCUUCAACCACUUCAGAAACAAUCCAGUACAGGAAGGCAGUCAAGGCCACCUUGGUUCUCCUGCCUCUGCUUGGCAUCACCUACAUGCUUUUCUUUGUCAACCCUGGUGAGGAUGAUAUUUCCCAGAUUGUUUUCAUCUAUUUCAAUUCCUUCCUUCAGUCUUUUCAGGGUUUCUUUGUGUCAGUAUUUUACUGCUUCUUGAAUGGUGAGGUCCGUUCUGCUGCCAGGAAGAGGUGGCACCGCUGGCAGGACCACCACUCUCUGCGGGUGCGUGUGGCACGAGCCAUGUCCAUCCCCACGUCCCCCACGCGGAUCAGCUUCCACAGCAUCAAACAGACUGCGGCCAUGUGA